UGUCGGUCCUGUGAAAUAUAAAAAAAAAAAAGUUGAUUUGAAAUUGUAUAGGGAAAAGGAAUUUUCUUCUGUUCGGAUCGGUUUUAUUUUUCAUUAAAUAUUGUGUUGCGUGAGGAGUAAAUUCUAAGCAAUAAGUUUUAUUGAAUACCAUAAGUUUUAUUGCCAUCCCUGUGUUUUAUAAUAAAUAACAUGAAAUAAACUGCAUUAAUGUAAUGAAUUACUGCUUUAGGAAUGCCGAAUGUCUGAUAUUUUUUGACAGCAAUUACGUGUACUUGCGUCGUCAAUAAAUUUUUUUUGUAAAGAUUUCUGUCCAAAGAUUUCCUUUGGUAAAAAUAGUCAUCUAAUUAUUAAUCAUUUUAAAGUUGUUUUUGAGGAAUGGCUUUAAAAUUGACCGCUAAUAUCAAUAACCCACCUAUAAGUGGUUUAGCUAUUGCACAUUUAAUAAAUGAUUCGAUAGCUGUCGACAUAGUUUGGGGUAACACUACAUCGUUAUUGUAUCCUGACGGCCGACGUUUUAUAUGUCACUCCAACAAUGAUGUGUUACGUGCUUUAGCUCGUGCGGCUCCGGUAUCUAAACUCUAUGGAGAAACCGCAAUUGAAAGAACGCAAAUCGAUCAUUGGUUGUCAUUUUCUUUAACAUGCGAAGACGACAUAUCAUGGGCAUUGAAUUUCUUAGAUAAAUCUAUAGCGCCCAUUACCUUUUUAGUCGCCAAUAAACUGACUAUUGCCGAUUUUGCCUUAUUUAAUGAAAUGCAUUCACGUUACGAAUUUCUAUCUGGCAAAGGGAUACCUAAGCACGUGCAAAGGUGGUAUGAUUUAAUUAAUGCGCAAUCUACAAUACAAGCAGUUUUGCAAUCCUUACCUGAUGAGGCUAAAGCUUCGGCAAAAAAAGCAAAAAGCGUCUUAAAAAAUAAGGAAAAAGAAAUUUCUCCCUCAACAAAAACGAAUGAGCGGAAGCAGGAAGGCAAAUUUGUUGAUCUUCCAGGUGCAAUAAAAGGAGAGGUGGUAGUUAGAUUUCCCCCUGAGGCGUCAGGUUACUUGCAUAUUGGUCAUGCAAAGGCGGCUUUGCUAAAUCAAUAUUACGCUCAAGCUUUCGAUGGUAAAUUAAUAAUGCGUUUCGACGACACCAACCCAGCUAAAGAAACUGUAGAAUUUGAAAAUGUUAUAUUGCGUGAUUUAGAAUUGCUACAAAUUAAACCCGAUUUAUUUACGCACACAUCUAACUAUUUCGAUUUAAUGCUGCAAUAUUGUGAGCAAUUAAUCGUAGAGAGUAAGGCUUACGUUGACGAUACGCCAUCCGAACAAAUGAAGUCGGAGCGUGAACAAAGGUUGGAGUCACAAAAUCGCGAAAACGAUGUCUCGAAAAAUAUAGCUAUGUGGCAAGAAAUGUUGAUUGGUUCAGAUUAUGGUCAAAAGUGUUGUGUAAGGGCAAAAAUUGAUAUGUCCUCUGCAAAUGGUUGUAUGCGCGAUCCAACUAUUUACAGGUGUAAAAAAGAACCCCAUCCGCGAGCUGGUACCAAAUACAAAGUGUAUCCUACUUACGAUUUUGCUUGCCCCAUCGUGGAUGCCAUUGAAAAUGUCACACAUACUUUACGAACAAUGGAAUACCAUGAUCGUGACGAGCAAUUUUAUUGGUUUAUCGACGCUUUAAAACUACGUAGACCUUACAUCUGGGAAUAUAGCCGUCUAAAUAUGACUAAUACAGUACUUUCAAAACGAAAACUCACUUGGUUUGUAGAAUCUGGUCUGGUUGAUGGCUGGGAUGAUCCUCGCCUCCCCACAGUACGUGGUAUUUUAAGACGCGGCAUGACCAUUGAGGGCCUUAAGGAAUUUAUCAUUGCCCAAGGUUCCAGCAAGUCUGUAGUCUUUAUGAAUUGGGAUAAAAUCUGGGCUUUCAAUAAGAAAGUCAUAGAUCCGAUCGCUCCUCGUUACACUGCUUUGGAGUAUGAUAAUCGCGUUGUUGUAAAUGUCGCAGGAGCUAAAAGUGAACAAAUUGAAGUAGCCAUUCAUCCCAAGAACGAUGCUCUAGGAAAAAAAACAGUUACCUUAGGACCAAAGGUGUAUAUUGAUUACGUUGAUGCUGAAGCUUUGAAGGAAGGUGAAAAUGCUACGUUUAUCAAUUGGGGCAAUUUACUGAUUAAUAAGAUACAAAAAAACUUUAUGGGUAAAAUUGCCGGCAUUAAUGCUUCUCUUAACUUGGAUAAUAAGGACUUUAAAAGAACGCUUAAGUUAACUUGGUUAGCUGUUGAAGAUAAGAAAGACGCGUACCCUCAAACUUAUUGUGUUUACUUCGACAAUAUAAUUAGUAAAGCCGUCUUAGGUAAAGAUGAGGACUUCAAACAAUAUAUUAGUCAUAAGACGAGGGAAGAAGUGCAAAUGUUAGGUGAUCCCGAGUUGAAGAAAUGCAAAAAAGGUGACAUUGUACAAUUACAAAGACGUGGUUUCUUUAAAGUGGACAAUGCUUAUCAGCCUGCUAGCCCUUACACUAACGUUGUCUCGCCUGUAAUAUUAUUCUCAAUACCAGAUGGUCACGCCAAAGAUAUGCUUUCGUCGGAUUUGAAAGUUAACUCCAUUUCUAAUCAAGACAUUAAAAAAACGCACACGCGCAAUAUUCAAGAUACUUUCACUUCAAAUAAUGAAGAAUCCACAGCUAUUGUUAGUGUCGACCAAGUGCUGGCUAAAAUAAGCUCGCAAAAUGAUAAGAUUCGUCAGCUAAAAAGCGGUAAGGCCCAAAAAUCAGUCAUAGAAGCAGAAGCGAAAAUUUUACUUAAUUUGAAAACUCAGUAUAAACAACUUACUGGAAAUGAUUGGAAACCAAAUAUUCCUGCUUUCGAAGCAAUUUCAAUUAAGACGGAGCCGAAUCCCGAUCCUCCCCUUGCUGAAGCAAUAGGAGAAUAUUCGAGAAGAAUUUAUAUACAAGGCGAUAAAAUACGACAGUUGAAAGAGAAAAAAGUUACUAAAUCCUUAAUUAACUCAGAGAUUCAUUUAUUGCUGGCUUUAAAAUCCGAUUAUAAAAGUCUGACUGGUCAAGAUUGGAAGCCAGACGCAGAGCCACUUGUCUCCGGAACGAACAUAACGAUCGAUCUUACCGACUCACGGAAUGGUGAUGCAUCAGAAAUUUUGGAUAAAAUAAAACUACAAGGUGAUAUAAUACGCAAAUUAAAAGCCGAUAAAGCUCCUAAACCAGAGGUAGAUGCGGAAGUGCAAAUAUUACUAUUGCUGAAAGCACAAUACAAAACCGUAACCGGCGAAGACUGGACACCAAAUGCUACAACAGAAAGCAUAACAAUGCGUGCUAAAGUAGAAUCUGCAAUUACAAUAACCCCUCUAUCCGAGAAAGAACUGCUCACAAAGGAAAUCAAUGAACAGGGUGAAAAAGUACGCUCGAUUAAAGCAAACAAAGCAUUUCAAGGGGAUGUCGAUACAGAAGUUUCAAAAUUGUUGGCUUUGAAGGCAAAAUACAAAGAGGUUACUGGGACAUAUUUUCCUACUGCUACUCGUCCAAGUGGCUCAAGUGGAUUAAAAAAGCUGGGAGAAAAGAAAGAGCCCCAAAAACCACCUAAAAAGGAAGCAUCAUCGUCGAUCAAAACUGAGUCUGUUAGUGGCACUUUUAAGAAACAAACUCGUCUUGGUUUAGAAGCCACUAAAGAGGAUAGUCUUCCCGAAUGGUACUCUCAGGUCAUUACUAAAGGCGAGCUGAUCGAAUAUUAUGACGUCUCUGGUUGUUACAUUUUACGUCCAUGGUCGUUUGCUAUUUGGAAAUUCAUAAAAAAUUGGUUCGAUGUAGAAAUCACAAAAAUGGGCAUCAAAGAAUGCUAUUUUCCAAUAUUUGUCUCGAAAAGCGUUUUGGAAAGGGAAAAAACUCAUAUUGCGGAUUUUGCACCUGAAGUGGCUUGGGUAACAAAAUCUGGUGAUUCCGACUUGGCUGAACCCAUUGCCGUCCGUCCCACUUCUGAGACCGUCAUGUAUCCUGCGUUUGCUAAAUGGAUACAAUCAUACCGUGACUUACCUAUACGCCUUAAUCAAUGGAAUAAUGUAGUGCGCUGGGAAUUUAAACACCCUCAACCAUUCCUACGCACACGCGAAUUCCUGUGGCAAGAGGGACACACUGCCUUCGCCACUAAGGUUGAAGCUGAUAAAGAAGUGUUAGAAAUUCUCGAUUUAUAUGCUCGCAUUUACACCGAUCUUUUGGCCGUCCCCGUCGUUAAAGGUCGGAAAACUGAGAAAGAAAAAUUCGCUGGCGGUGAUUACACUACCACCGUGGAAGCCUUUAUACCCGCAUCCGGCCGCGGUAUCCAAGGGGCGACGAGCCAUCAUCUGGGACAAAACUUUUCAAAAAUGUUCGAAAUUAUCUACGAAGAUCCCGAAUGUCAACAAAAGCAAUAUGUCUACCAGAAUUCCUGGGGAUUGACAACACGUACUAUUGGGGUCAUGAUUAUGAUACACGCGGAUAAUCAGGGCCUUGUAUUGCCACCGCAUGUGGCAUGUGUUCAGGCGAUUAUUGUACCUUGCGGUAUAACAGUUAACACGAAGGAUGUUGAACGGGCAGAUCUAAUGGAUGCCUGUAAAAAGCUUGAAAAACAAUUGAAUGGCAAGAGCAUACGUUGUGAGGGUGAUUAUCGUGACAAUUAUUCCCCAGGAUGGAAAUUUAAUCAUUGGGAACUUAAAGGGGUACCCAUACGCAUUGAGUUGGGACCUAAAGACAUGAAAAAGGAACAAAUUGUGGCAGUACGCAGAGAUACGGGCGAAAAAUUGAUUUUAGCUAUGGAUGAUGUGGAGAAUAAAAUUAAACAGCUACUGGAAACUAUACAUGAUAGCAUGUUGGCAAAAGCCAGAGCUGAUUUAACAAGUCAUACUAAGCUUACAAAGAAUUGGUCAGAUUUUUGCCAAUCCUUAGAUAGAAAGAAUGUUCUGUUGGCUCCAUUUUGUAAUGAAACUCCAUGCGAAGAUAAAAUUAAGGCCGAUAGCGCAAGAGACGAGGAAGCUGAGCCUGGUGCUCCAGCUAUGGGUGCCAAGUCUUUAUGCAUACCUUUCGAACAACCAGCUUCUAUUACUACGGCUGACAAAUGCAUUCAUCCUGGCUGUACUAAUAAACCGAAGUUCUACGCACUUUUUGGUCGUAGCUAUUAACUUUGUUUCAAAAACAGAAAAGCAAAGUAAAGAAAAAUCAUUUAUUUAU